AGCAGCUAGCGCAUGCGCCUCUGACAGUCAGCUGCCUGCUUGACCUACGGCAUGAUGGCGUCCUACACUGGUACCUGGUCUGCACGCUGUUUCACCCUCGUGUUAUUAUCGAGGCAGCAGCGCGGCUUUCUCAAACUUCAUGCGAACGGACUGACGCAUUCUGGGCAGAUUCAAACAGCUGUAACAGCGGCGCACUGCAGGACGGUUGGUCUGCUGGGACCACGCGCUGUCCUGACAUUGACACGACACUUCGGUCCAAGGCCCCCUGGAGUUGCCACCUUUCACACCAGUGUCUCCAGUUGUAACAAAGAGGAUUACUAUAAUAUACUGGGUGUACCACGCACUGCCAGCCAAAAGGAGAUUAAAAAAGCAUAUUACCAGUUGGCCAAGAAAUAUCACCCAGAUACCAGCAAAGAUGACCCCCAAGCAAAAGAGAAAUUUACUAAACUGGCAGAAGCUUAUGAGGUACUGAGUGAUGAAGUUAAACGAAAACAGUAUGAUACAUACGGCACUGCUGGAUUUGACCCUGGACAUGCAGGUUCCGGUCAGCAUCACUGGCAUAGUGCAAGUAGUAUUGAUCCAGAAGAGCUUUUCCGUAAGAUAUUUGGAGAGUUCUCUGCUUCAGGGUUUGGUGAUUUCAACAGAGUAUUUGACCAACCACAAGAGUACAUCAUGGAACUGACAUUCAACCAAGCAGCCAAGGGUGUAAAUAAAGAGAUUUCUGUCAAUAUUGAGGAUUCGUGCCAGCGUUGUGAUGGUAAAGGGUAUGAACCUGGCACAAAGGUGCAGCAUUGCCAUUACUGUAAUGGAACUGGGAUGGAAACUAUAAACACUGGGCCAUUUGUUAUGCGCUCUACAUGCCGGAGAUGUGGUGGCCGUGGCUCAGUGAUUACAACCCCUUGCGUUUUAUGUCGUGGGAGUGGACAAACUAAACAGAAGCGAAUGGUAAUGGUUCCUGUACCAGCAGGAGUGGAAGAUGGACAGACAGUACGAAUGCCUGUUGGGAAGAAAGAGAUAUUUAUAACUUUUCGGGUCCAGAAGAGUCCUGUGUUCAGGAGAGAUGGGCCAGAUAUUCACUCUGACCUUUUCAUCUCAGUAGCUCAGGCAAUCCUGGGAGGCACCGCCCGAGCGCAGGGCCUGUAUGAGACACUUAAUAUAGCAAUACCACCUGGAUCUCAAGCUGACCAGAGAAUUCGACUGGCCGGAAAGGGUAUCCCUCGAGUAAAUAGCUACGGAUAUGGAGAUCAUUUCAUUCAUAUAAAAAUUCGGAUCCCAAAGAAUUUGACAGACAGGCAGAGAGAUUUGAUUUUAAGUUAUGCUGAGGAGGAGUCAGAUGUUGAUGGAACAGUAAACGGAAUUACAAAUACAACUUCUGGUAGGCAAACCGGGGGUGACCAUUUUGAGGCAGGGCAGACAAGGCCUGAGGAGGGGCAGGACAAGGAGGAGGGAUUCCUCUCCAAACUUAAACGCAUGUUUAGCUCCUGAACAUCCCCAGGCAAGGGAAGCGGUCAACUGGGAACUAGAUUAUGGAUGUGCCACCUCUACGGCUACAGCGAUCAGAAGAAUUUACAGCAAAAUUCAAAACCCCUGGCAUCCCACCUAUGCCUGGCUAGUGAUUAGCUCAGCAGGCCUGUUCACGCCAUUGUCUACUUGUCUAACUAGAGCGAUCCGUAUCUGUGGCCGAGAUAGUCAUAGGUUUGAGAGUGAUUUGGAAAGCUUUUCACAAUCAUCCAAUUCUCCUAACGUACAUAAGUAGCUUCUAGUCAGUCACUUGAACGUCACUUUUCUUUCCAAAGAGACUUUUGCUACACAAGGUUUAUGUUGGUGUGACCUGAGGUACUACGGUCGAGCUGUGUCCUACAUGCCAUUCUGUCAAAUGUAUGCGAGUGUGGGUUGACAAGGUGUUUUUCAAGAGAGACAAUUAGAGAGGAGUCUUCAAAGCUGAAUAUUUUUUGAAAUAUUUAUAUCGAACAUGCUCUGGCAUAUCAGAUGAGCCUCGUAUUGUGUUCCUGACCGACCUCAGGUAUUGUUGGAUAUGUAAGAGAGCUUGUCAACUAAAGGUCUGCUAUAGCCGUGCUAUGUAUGAACUUGGCGUUCAUGGGUAAGACUGUGUACAGUAAUAUCAGUUUGUAAAUAAAAAUAGGAGGCAAGUAUUUAAGUCAGAUCUUGUUUCUGUUAUCUAUUGCACAGUCCGUUGUCCUUGCAAUAUAAUAAUAAUAAACUAAUUUGAUUUAUUA